UUAGAGGACAUUUCCCAGAAGACAACGCGCUUUCUCGUCUUAUUCCUUGGCAAGGCUUGGCGGCUCGGCCCCAGACUGCAUUUUGCAGAAGGCUCCACGCUGGCAACGCAGCUCAACGGCGGCCUUCUCCCUUCUUAUCUUGCCACCGGCCCUCCGUCACGCCUUCUCCCAUGAUGCACGUAUAUAUACACACACACACACUCUGCUGCCAAUAAUAAUUUUAUUCAGAUCCAUUUGUAGGGCCGGGCCGUAAAGAAAAAAAGGGGAGCACUGCUCUAUCUUCCCAAUCUAUAUCGUGCCGCUCUUCCUCCCGCUUCCCGGAGCAAACCGGAAGUCGGUCCGUCCCUGCACCAGUUCCCCGCCUCCACUUCCGGAGCGGCCCACAUUCCCUCAAGAGUCAGCGUUUAAGGACCGAAUGGCAACGGCGACGCGCUUCGCUUUAGCGGCGACGCUCUUGGCUCUCGCAGCGGCGUCGAACAAGACGUCCCGGGCCCAGAAUGACUCGGCGCUCCUGCCGGGCAGUGAGAACCACCCCAGCCGCGAAGGGGCUGGGCCUUCGACCAUUAACCCGGCGCGCACUACGACGACAACAUCCGGGCAUUCCUCGUCGUCUGGGCUGCUGGGGAUCAGGAUGCCGGCCGUCCACCGGGCGCUCUACGUCAUCGCUGGCGUGGCUGGCAUUGGCCUUCUCUAUUACGUCGGGGGCCGCGCCCUGCGGACGAGGAAGCCUCUGCGGAAAAAGUAUGGCCUUCUUUCCAGCUCUGAAGAUCACAUGGAGAUGGCUUCUCUGGAGAGCGAUGAAGAUACCCUAUUUGAGACGAGGAAUCUGAGACGGUGAUGACGGGCCCAAUGGCGUGGUGUGCCAGACUUGACCAGAGAAGGUGGAGAGCCGCCCUCAAAGCGACCUUUCUUGAGGCCCUCUUAUUUUUUUAAAAAAAAUGUUAAAAAAUUUUUAAACCUUGAAGCUGCUGGAAAUGCUGCUUAGCCAUACGAAACCUUUCCCCUGGGACUAUCGAAGAGGAGAGCUGGCGUCCCCUCUAGGCCUCACGGACGACCGGAUGAAUGUAGCCGCCUAGUGACUGAAUUGCAAAACUACUGUAAGCAUUAGGGUUAGGGUUCCUUAUACAUUCCAAAUAACAGCUUGAACAAAAGGCUCCGAUACGAAGUUCCAGCUUGGGUAGGGGCCCUGUUGCUGUUGUAUCAACCAGCACCAUCUGCCGUAGCAUUGGAUGGGAUUUUUUUUUAAAAAAAACAAAGGACGAUCAAUGAAGUUUGCGGUGGGUGCUGACCUCGGCUCCAAAUAUGGCAAGCUGGAAGGAGAUGACCAUUGUGUAACACUUCCCCCAUUCCCAGCUCAGUUGCCUGCCGCGGAGUGGGGAAACCGUCGGUGGUCUACACAACUGCGUCUUAGCCUCUCCCUAAUCUUGAUGUUGCCUCGCACUUUCAGACCUUUUGCGGCUGCGCUCUAGAAACUGCUUUUGAAACCGGCCUCAUCCUGAUAAGAACCGGCGGGUGGGAGCAGCUGCCUGCCCAGGUGCCUAGGACACGAUGCUGGUGCCUAGAAACCUUUCAAAGGUGCAGUUGUGUCCCGUCCCCCUGCUUUUGCUCUUAGAUGUUUACAGCGGGAACUGUCGUCCUUCUGGGUGUUGGUGCCCUGCUGUUCCCAUCAGCCCUGGGUGACUAGAAAUGAUAGCAGUUGUAGUCCAGCAGCAACUCAGUGCCCACAGGUCCCAUCCCUCUGAUUUACAUCUGCUAGAGGCUGUUGUGUUGCAGCUGUCUUUGACGCUGGGCAAUCCUCUCUUCCCCAAAGGAGGUGAUACGGGUGUGUUUGCAAGCAAAAGAAAAAUGAGGCAGCAAAGAGCAUUUCAACACAAUUGCCGCUUCAUGAGGAUUUGCCUAAUGGUAUGAAUUGGCGGUACAGGUCAGAAUGGUAUAGGGGAGCCUCAGUUAAAGGACUUGGCCCUUUCACCUCAUUCCUGUGGAUAACCAGCAAGGGUCAGUCACUCCCCUUAGAAUUUGAUGUAGGUCAGUUUGAACGUCAGUCCUUUCCUCUCUAGUAUGCUGCGGACAGCCUGUUUUUAAAUAUAUUCCAGUGAGAAAGGCAUUAUGACGUGUCUGAGGUGUACUUGGAGUAGACCCAUUGAAAUUAGCGGGCCUAGUUGGGUGUGCCCAUUAACUUCAGUGGGUCUGUUCUGAGUACAGCUAACAUUCAAUACAAUCCAGUUUUCUAGAUGGGACAAUCCUUGGAGAAAUAAAGAAGUGGAUCACACAGAAAUAUAUAUCAGCAAAAAUGCCCUUGCUAUGGAGGCUCCAGUGGGGGUCAGAAGUGUUGCGUUUUGUGUUGAAAUCCUUCCCCUUUCUCUGGGAAGCCAACAGGCGAGCACUAUUCAAGGAACAGAAUUGUCAAAACAGUUCUGAUCUUGCUCUUUUGAUUUUGGGACCAGCUCCUGUGCACAUAAGGGAGGGGGGACUUUCAAAGCAAUUCUGAGAAGAUAGUCUGGUGAAAUUUAAACACCAUACAAUUUCACAUUUUGUUAGAAAAAGUCAAGAGAACAAAUAUUUUCUUAAACUGUGAUUGAUGCAACGCAGGGUGUUCCGCUUUUGGUGGUCCUGGAGAAUAAAUCCAGUAGACCCUCUAGCUAAUGAGUAAUAAACGUUGCACCCUCGCUUGUCUUUUCUGCCUAAAACCUUGGAAUCAAGACUUGAGGACAACAGAUGAGAACCUCGGGUUAUUUUGGUUCGUUUGUGUCCCGUUAACUCGGCGGUAAGGAGCCUGUCCCCUCCAGAUGUUGCCGGCCUCCCACCUCCCUGCAUUGGCCCUGACCAUUUGCCCUGCUGGCUGAGGGGAACUGGAGUCCGGCAACAUCCGGGGAAGGUCACAGGUUACCCUUUCCCUGGUUUACGAAGUGCUCCUUACUGCUUUGACGGCCAGAGUCUGAACCUGCCUUUUUGUGUAAGCUGGCCUUUGCCAAUCUGGCGGCCCUCUAAAUGUUCAGGACUAGGGCUGGUGUGGGUUGGAAAUCCAAGGAAGGGCCCACCAAACUGGCAAAGGCUGAUGUCGACGCUGAAGGCAGGUUUGCCUCAGUCUGCAGUCCUAAAUAUCCUCUUCUGUCAUUUUCCUGCAUCAUUUUGUAAACCUCUGUGGUGUUUCUACCUCUCCCGCCCCCUGUUCGAGCCAUAUUUUUUCUUAAAUUAAAAACCUUGCAACAUCUC